UAACUGCAGCAUUCACUAACUGGAGGAAUACACAUCAAAGCGCCUGGUUUAUACACUGCAAAGUUAUACAGGCAGCCUAAUUCACUGGAUUCGUCAUUCCUUUACAGAAUUUGUCUCUGUCACUGUCAGAGUCUUCAGAGCGCCGUCAUGCUCUCUUUCAUCUGACCCCCGACUCUCACCUGACAGCAUCAACAGCUGCUCCUGCCGCUUUUCGUUCAAGCGUAAAGAGAACUUACGUCAACAGCGAAUAUCGCACAAGCUUACAGAGCCAGCUAAAUAGACGGCUUUUCAUAAUCUGUUCAUGGAUGUCGACUACAUGAUUCGUAUCCGGUGUUCGACUCGCAUUAAUAUUGAAAAUGGGGCUCUGGAAUGACGGUAUCUUGGGCCUACAGAAAGCAGACAUGGUUUCCGUGGCUAAGAGGCAGGAUGAUACAGCAGGAGAAGUACCAGUAUUUACUCCAGCACCUCCAGCGCACCCUCCACUUCCCAGCGUCCCUACAACAAAACAAGACAACAAUGGCAGCAAACCGUCACAAGACCCUAACCUCGCCAAUCCUCGACUACUUGUCAACAGAUCUUGCAUUUAUGAGCGUCGACUACCUGGCGAUGCCUAUAUCACAGCGCACGUCCAACGACUCCAACACGGCUACUACUCCUGUCCCGCCGUGUCAGACAAAGACUUCGAACACGUCGACUUCCUCGCUGUUAACUUCGUCUUACAUUCACCUAAUACGUUAGAUCAUCGGUUCAUGGCAGCUACCAUCCGCGCAUCCGUCCAUGGCAAUCGCAAAAUGUCCACCUCCGGCCAGAUACAACCCCGGUUUAUAAUGCACGCACCACAUCUGAUCUACGGAGCCGUAUCACCAGAGACACUACAAUGGAACUUUGGGCUAGCAGGUAGUUUAGGCGUUUCGGAGUUCCCCGUGAGCGCCAGUAUAUCGCCAUCUGGAGGCGUGCUUGGAAAAUACCGACGAUACGAAAUGAUGCGAAUUCAAGGAUCUGUACGGACGCUGAAAAGUCCUCAUGGACGACAGUAUGACAUUGAAUCUGGAGAGAUUGUCUGGUCAUUGGAGGAGAACUCACUGCAGCGUUCUGGUCUACCACGGGAAUUUACAUUCGCCAUGCUAAUCCACAAACCACGCGCUGAGAGUCGAAUCCAUUUCUCCUUGGACAUCGACCCGGUAAUCCAAUCGUGGUAUGGAAGCUAUCCGAAGUGCUGGUUAUCGCUUUCACGGUACCAACCUGUACAACGACGACCAAUUGAUUUCAGACGGGAUAUAGGACAAAGGUUUGAGACGGGGCCAUCGUCGAAAAAGAAACGGUUUAACUUCGCGACUCUUGAAAGCUCUUUCGAUGAAUAUGUUAAUAUGCCAGGGAGAAGGUUCACGACGGGCGUAAGUCCCAGUUGGCUAGAUGGGGAUGGAGCAGUCAUUGACAUCAAGAUCAGACCAACCCGGACGACAAUCUUUUCAGAGACGAUAAUGAAUUCAAUCCAGAUGUUGUCAGGGGGUUUUCCGCAGUUGAAUCUCGUGGGAAGACCGCCUCGCGCAAACCUGCGAACAACCCGAUAAGCCUGCCAAACGAACCCCCAGCUGCGAAUUUAAAUGUCCACGUCAUGUUGGAUACAGCAUCGAGUAGGACGACGAAGCGGCAUAGGAGAAUGUCUAAUCCAGAGAGAGGCAUGCGGAGGGCAGAGCCACUUCGGAGGACUAGGUCUGGG